AUGGAUGCAUGGAAAGAGGUUGCUAGGACGAAUGAAAAUAAUGGUAUAACAGCAUGUUCGUUAAAUACAAUCUCAUUUGACCCCUACUCUGAAUUAAUAUGGUCAGGUCAUAAAAAUGGACAACUUAAGUCUUUGUUUGGGCCAGGUUUAAAUCCGUAUACCCAGUUUGUAGCUCAUGAAGGCCCCGUGCAUCAGGUCCUGCCUCACGAACGAGGUAUCUUUUCUCUUUCUAGUAAUUCAUUACGCCUUAGUAAUCGUACUGGUACAAUUAGAUGGAGGUUAAGUGACUCUGAUGGCGCUGAUUAUAGGGCUAUGUUGUAUCAAUCUCGUACUCAUCCUGAAAUUGUCAUGGGAGGAUACAAUCAAAAGUUGACUGUUGUAAAUGCUGAGAGAGGCACUAUAACACAUCAGAGAAAACUUCCCAAUGAUAUAUUCAUUAUGCGCAGAAAUCGUUUACUUUGUUGUGGUUCUACUAACGGAGAAAUUCUUCUAUGCGAUCCGAAUAGCUUCAAUCCUGUUAACAGAAUAUCCGCACAUACAGGAACAAUUUCUGAUAUUGAUACAUCUGGAAAUCUCCUUCUUUCAUGUGGCUAUUCUUUGCGACACGAUUCGUACAUGAUGGAUCCCUUCGUAAAAGUAUGGGAUUUAAGGAACCUUUCCACUUUGGUACCUAUUCCGUUUCCUUCUGGGCCAAGCAUGAUUAAGAUGCAUCCCAAACUUUCCACUACAGCGGUCGUUUGUUCAAGCUCUGGGCAAAUUAAUAUCGUUGACACCGGAAAUCCACUUGAUGCAAAGUUAAUGCAUAUCCCAUUGAAUUCUUAUUUGACGCAGAUGGAUGUUUCAGUUACUGGUGAUGCUAUAGCCUUUUCUGACGUUGAGGACACCGUACACUUAUGGAGCGCUACGGAUACGCCCUCAUUCACUGAAAUGAAAUAUCCAGUUCAGCUACCUGAUGUUGUUAAUGAACCUCCAAAUGUUUCUUUUGAAGAACCGUUAAACAAAAUCGGAAUGCCUUACUAUGAUUCUGAACUUCUAUCUUCAUGGUCAAAAUACUUGGUUUUUGAUGCUGGAAAACCAAAUUUUGAUUCAAACAUGUUUUUGGCCAGACAAAUUGCUAACUCAGCUCUUCCUUUAAACCAGGAAUUAAAGUCAUUUCAUCGUAACCAAAUAAUCAACUUUCCCUGGUUAAACCGAAAAACAAGUUCCCAAGAAACUACUCCUAAAUUUCAUAGCGAAAAACAAAAAGACAUUAUGUCUGGAAAGGAUUCUGAGGAAACCUUCUCUUACUUUGAAGAAAUGGAAGAUACAGUAUCAGGCCCGGAUUCAAUACCCAAAUUCUAUCAAAAGCCUGUAAUCAAGUACAGCAGGUUUGGAAUUGAAGAUUUUAAUUUUGGUUUUUAUAACAAAACCAGCUUCGCUGGCUUAGAAACGGAUAUUACUAAUUCCUACUGCAAUCCUAUACUACAAUUACUUGCGUACAUACCCUCUUUUUGUAAGUCAGCCAUCAGCCAUUCUUUAGGCCCUUGUGGUCUUGAAAGCUGUUUGGUAUGCGAGUUGGGCUUUUUAUUCGCUAUGCUAAAGGAAAGUACUGGUAAAAACUGUCAGGCCACAAAUUUUUUGCGUUGUUUUUCUUCUUCUCCAUUUGCUCAGUCGUUGGGAAUUGUUUUUGAUGAACAGUCAAAUGUCGGUGCUCUCGAUUCCUCUCUAAUUCAAAAAUUCACAAAAUUUAUCCUAACCGAAAUAAUCCGUGUAACAGAAUAUGAAGAUAAAAAUGGAGGCUCAUCGUUUCCUUUGGAUUAUCUCAGCAAGUCAUUUUCUAUAUGUGAGGUUCAAACUCAUCGCUGUGGUAUAUGCGGAAUAACAAGCCGAAAAUGCCACUCAUCAAUGUGUAUGAUUGAUUUAGAAUAUCCAUCGCAGCAGCUGGAAUCUAUCAUAUCUUUUGAAUGGCUCCUAAAACUUAGUUUGGAUCAUCGAGUAGAUCUACCCCCAAGUUGGUGCGAAUACUGUUUGGCCCAUCAGCCUGGUUUACUUCGGUCAAAUGUACGAUCUAUUCCUGAUAUAUUUUUUAUAAAUACUCAAAUAAAGCAUCAUGACCAUCUGAAGCUCUGGGCUAGAGAAGGAUGGUUGCCUAAGUUGCUAUAUCUUAGAAGAGUGAAUGAUACGGUUCAAUGCUUAUCAGCGAGACAGGUUUCAUUACUUGGUAAUGAUAAAUCUUCAGUAUCGAUAUUCGGUUUACGUGGUGUCACAUACGAAAUUCGGGGAGUUGAUUUUGCUUCACAUUUUGUUGCUGCAGUUAAUGUCACUGAUCGCCUAACAACAGAAAACGCAGAAGAUAGUCAGUGGUAUAUAUUUAAUGACUUUUUAGUGAAGCAAAUUUCUGAAGAGGAAGCCUUAAAUGUCCAUGGUCCUUGGAAAAUUCCGGCGAUGCUUUGCUAUGAAAAGUUAGACAUGAAGAUUCCUCAGUGGGACGACGUUUCUGAUUUCACACUUUUGUAUGAACCUUACUUUUUAAAUCCCGUGCCACCGGCGAUGAAUAAAGCUGUUUCACUUUCGACCGAAGAUAUGUUGUAUCCAGGUAUGUUGAUUGGUAUAGACUCUGAAUUUGUAGCUUUACAACGCGAGGAAACCGAAGUGAGAAGCGAUAGUACGAAAUCAACAAUCAAGCCAUGUAAACUAUCGCUUGCAAGGAUCUCUGUACUAAGGGGAGAAGGACCUUUAAAAGGCGUUCCUUUUAUAGAUGACUAUGUUGCAACAGAUGAUGAUGUGGUGGAUUACCUUACUAAAUUUUCUGGUAUCCAUCCGGGUGAUUUAGAUCCGGCUCUUUCGAAGUAUAAUGUUGUUCCUUUGAAAGUUGCCUAUAAAAAAUUACGACUGCUCGUAAAUGCAGGAUGUAAAUUUGUAGGACAUGGUCUACAAAAGGAUUUCCGAAUUAUAAAUUUGUUGCUUCCUCCCGAACAGGUUAUCGAUACAGUAGAUCUUUUCUUCUUAAGCUCCCGACAACGCAAGUUAUCUUUAAAAUAUUUAUCUUGGUAUCUUCUAGAAGAAGACAUUCAGCUCACUGAGCAUGACUCCGUUGAGGAUGCAUUGACGGCAUUGAAACUUUAUGAUUGCUAUGUAAAACUGAAGGCUGAAGGGAAGCUGGAAGAAACAUUAGAGGAAAUAUAUGAGGUUGGAAAACGAUAUAAAUAUCGACCUCCUUCCCUGUCAUCACUGUCCCUUCAGGAUCGGAGUUUUUAUGGAGAAGACUCCUUCAUAAUGGGUUAA